CAACCCUGGCUGUGGCAGGACUCUACACUAUAAAAACCUCUGUUUGUAGAUGAACAGCACCUCUAAGGCACCUCAGACUUUACAAGAUCCAUCAACAAGGCAACAUGCUGAGAAUCUGUGUGGCCCUCUGUGUUCUGGCGACAUGCUGGGCACAGGACUGUCAGGUUUCAAACAUUCAGGUCAUGCAGAACUUCGACAGAAGCAGGUAUACUGGUAGGUGGUAUGCUGUGGCCAAGAAAGAUCCUGUUGGUCUGUUCCUCCUGGACAAUGUUGUUGCUCAGUUCUCAGUAGAUGGAAGUGGCAAAAUGACUGCAACUGCCCAGGGAAGAGUUAUCAUCCUUAACAACUGGGAAAUGUGUGCCAACAUGUUCGGCACCUUCGAGGACACUCCAGACCCUGCCAAGUUCAAGAUGAGAUACUGGGGCGCUGCUGCAUACCUCCAGUCUGGAAAUGAUGACCACUGGGUCAUUGACACUGACUACGACAACUAUGCCAUCCACUACUCCUGCAGAGAAGUUGACCUGGACGGCACCUGCCUGGACGGAUACUCCUUCAUCUUCUCCCGUCACUCCACCGGUCUGAGGCCUGAGGACCAGAAGAUUGUCACCGACAAGAAAAAGGAGAUCUGCUUCCUCGGCAAAUAUAGACGUGUUUCACACACUGGUUUCUGUGAAAGCAGCUGAUCUGGAACUAGUCAGAUGGAUAUCAUGGGUGUAAAAUUCCACAUAUCAGAAUCAGGCUGUAAAUAUAAACCAUGUUCCACAACAAAACAACCGUCACUGGCCAGCCCCUUCCAGCAGUUGGGGAACUUUCCCGUUACCAAAGACAUCCAUCAACCAAACCAAAUGAUUUGUAUCUGAAUGUAUCAGGAAGGAUAUAGGAUACUUUACUGAUUGACAUUGUGUGAUGUAGUCUUGAAUGACUUUUUGAAAUAAAUAAAAACACAUGGUACUA